AUGGGCCGCUGCAAGGCCACCGCCCGGCGUUCUACUGCCAAGGCACCUCACUUACACAUUGGACUUGAUGAUUUGAUGCCAACGUCAUUCGUUGAAGGGCUUAUCAGUCUCAUGAUUUCUGAAAAUGAAACUUCAGAUCAAGCAUCCUCGUCUCAGGAGAAUGGGCCACCUACAAAGCGACGUAAGACCGAGUCUCCAAUGACCUCGAAUGCUAUACCUAUCGCAAAGAAAGAAUUUACUAUUUCUCGCCCUUGCGCAGGGUCCUCUUCCAAAAGUCAAUCAUUCAUUUGUAAGAACGUCGAUCGCUACAUUAACAUUGAUUUUAAGGACAAUCAACUUUGCAUGAACUCGCGGAAGGAUUGCCCAUCGGAACCGUUGGAUGUUCUGAUUAGGCUAAGACGAGCGGAAGAAGAUGAUCAGAUGAAGAUUUCUUACGUCUUGGAUAGCAUCUCCCAGCGAGCGUCACAGCCGAAUGCGCUAUGGGGCACAUUCGACCUGGAACUUCAGUGGCAAGGAAGGCAGGUUAAGAUGGCUUUCUGUCGCAAUUUCUACUGGAAUGCAUCUCCAUCUCCGCACUCUCAAUACAGAUCGUCACUAGACCGCUGCAGCAGUCAGCCCUUCAUUAACUUCCUACUGCGUGGCUCGAGGUCGACAGGCACAUCUUAUAGACCUUCAACAUGGUCUCCCAUGGACUUUUACGAAGCGGCUUUUGUUCCCCGAAAGGACGAGAAACCACCUGAAACUAUUCAAGUCGAUGCUUUAGAAUCGACAUUAUUCCCAUACCAGAAGCGCACACUACAGUGGUUACUGCGACGUGAAGGAGCGCAGUGGUCAGCAGAUAUGCGACGUGUCAUCCCAUACGUACCUGAAAAUCAGGAUAGCGUAUAUGACUUCAAGAAACUGACGGAUGUGGCCGGGAAUGAGUACUACUUGAGCGAACUAUUCCAUACGGUGACGAGAGAUAUUUCGCUGUUCCGACAAGCUGAGGCUUCCAUCAAGGGCGGCAUUCUGGCAGAAGAGAUGGGCCUUGGUAAAACACUGGAGGUACUUGGAUUAAUCUUGCUUCACCAGCGAUCUCGACCCUUGAUCCAGAGUGAAUAUGAGUCUCAGGCCGAGCUGACGCCGAGUGGCGCUACGUUAAUCGUGACCCCCCCAUCGUUAAAAGACCAAUGGGCAUCUGAAAUUGCUCGUCAUGCACCGAGCUUAAGUGUCAAAGUUUAUGAGGGUCGGAAAAGAAUAUCGGAAGCGGACGAGCAACAGGCCACAGAUGAACUUGCUGGCCACGAUAUCAUUCUCACAACAUACUCUGUACUGUCCUCCGAGCUUCACUUCACGAUAACACCCCCAGAGCGUUCACGGCGGCACGCAAGAGUUUAUGAUCGGCCCAAGUCCCCCCUCGUGCAAAUCUCGUGGUGGAGGAUAUGCCUUGACGAAGCUCAGAUGAUUGAAAGUGGUUAUAGCCAGGCCGCGAAAGUGGCUCGUGUUCUUCCUCGGAUAAAUGCGUGGGGUAUCACUGGAACUCCGGUGAAGAAUGACGUUGAGGAUCUUCAGGGCUUGCUCCUUUUCCUCCAGUACGAGCCCUAUUGUUCUGUGAACCAAAUAUGGCAAGAUCUGAUCCGUCAUCACAAAUCUGUCUUCCAGCGCCUAUUCAACAGGAUCGCUAUUCGGCACACAAAAUCAUUGGUCAGAGAUGAGUUGGUUCUACCAUCCCAGAAACGCUUUGUCAUCAGUAUGCCCUUUACUGCCGUUGAGGAACAGCACUACCAGUCCCUUUAUCGAGAAAUGGCGGAAGCGUGUGGGCUCAGCCUUGAAGGAGCGCCAAUUGUGGAGGACUGGAAACCUGAGGAUCAUGAAGAAGACAUGAGAACUUGGCUGGUUCGACUCAGACAGACUGCGCUGCAUCCUGAGGUUGCAGCUUAUAACCGCCGAACUCUUGGCAACAGCAAGAAUCGGCCCAUGAGGACCGUCGACGAGGUUUUAGAUGCUAUGUUAGAACAAAGCGAAAGCGCGAUUCGAUCAGAAGAGAGAGCUUAUCUAUCCAGUAAAUUGACACGAGGUCAACUAUACGAAAACAGCCCCCGAGUAAAAGAGGCACUGGAAAUAUGGUUAUCAGUACGAGAAGAAGCUCGAAAACUUGUUUCCAAAGCCCGUGAUGAGCUCAAAUCCUUGGCUGUGUCAAGAACUGGGCCCGCCAGUCACGAGGACUCUGAUAUCGAUGAUGAUUCUGGAGUUGAGGAGAAAGGUCAACUGUUUGAAAGUCGACGAAGACUUCGUGGAGCAUUAGAGAUGUACCACAGGGCCGUCUUCUUUUGCGCGAAUGCAUACUUCCAGAUUCGCGAAAAUUCAGAAAUGACUGAGCCCGAAUCUGAGGAUUUUUCACGUAUCAAGAAGUUGGAAGAUGAGCACUACGAGGAAGCAAAGGCCAUUCGAAGGGAAAUCCUACAAGAGCCUCACCACAAAGCAACCCGUCUGAUGGCGAAGGUGGCACAGAAAGCAUCCGAACAAUCUUUUGUUGAGAUUCCGGAGCUCACAGUUAAUGAGGAACGAGGCAUUGAGAGCGGUCGCAUUGUCGACGAUCUAGAAGCAUUGUGCAACGAACUGAACGACCAAGCAAAUGUCAUUGAUGAAUGGAGGGAACACCUGAUCGGGCUGGUUCUGAAGCCCUUGGUCGAUGAGGAGGAGGAGGUCGAAACCACUGGAGAUGAAUACGGCGAGUCAGCCAAAAUUCAGGAUGAACUCAUGGUCUAUGUUCAAGCUCUUCGAGCCAUCAUUGCUGAUCGACAGGAUGCUUUGACUGGACAGACUAAUGAACUGAUCAAGCACGAAACACAAACGUCGCUGAGACUCGCAGCCAACGAAGAAGGUCCUGCCCCCGAAAAGCUUAUUGAACUUCUUGCAUUACGAGAUCAAAUCAAGCCCCGAUCGACCUCGAUGCGGAAAGCUAUCAGCGAGUUUCGAGGCUUAACAUCGAAGCUGGCAAGGGAUACCACACGAAGCAUCCUGGAAGGUAGAAUUGCAGAUCGACAGCUCAAAGCAACGCAAGCAAUUUUGAACACACAGAGCAAGCUGAUCACGGCUCUUGAGGCCGAGGUCGACAAGUUCAAGAACAUCAUGAACCUGCGCCUGGAGUAUUAUCGCCAAUUGCAAGUAGUCUCUGACAGUGUCCUUCCCUACGAGGAACCUGUCACUGAAGAACUCAUGAGAAGGAUGAAGACGAAUGAGGAAAACAUGCGGCAAAGGCUGUCGGCAGCAGAAGCCAAACACAGAUACCUCCUCCACCUCAAAGAAGCAGGAAACAAGUCGAACGAGCCGCGAAUGUGCGUCAUCUGUCAGACCAAUUUCAUUAUUGGCGUGCUCACGGUUUGCGGACAUCAGUUUUGCAAGGAGUGCAUGAUGCUGUGGUUCAAUGCUCACCAUAAUUGCCCCCAACUCAAAGUGCAUAGCGAUGACCCAAGCCAAUCUCAAGAUGGUACGGAGAAUAGCUCUGAGCAAAAGCAAACCGAUUCGCCAAAGAAAACCGGGAUCUACUCCGAAUUCAACUCAGACAAGCUAGCCGAGAUACAGAAAAUCGAGCUGGACGGGCCUUCAUUCACCACGAAAGUUGAUACGCUUGUAAAACAUUUGAUGUGGUUGCGGGAGUCUGACCCCGGCGCAAAGUCAAUUGUAUUCUCGCAAUACAAAGGAUUUCUGGGGAUUUUGCGUAACGCUUUUUCUAGAUUUAGGAUUGGCUAUGCCUCCAUUGACGACCCCGAUGGCAUCAAACGGUUUAAGGAGGACGCCUCAGUCGAAUGUUUCCUUCUUCAUGCCAGGGCGCAUUCCAGUGGCCUGAAUCUGGUCAAUGCAAGCCAUGUCUUUCUCUGUGAGCCUCUCCUCAACACGGCGCUCGAGCUCCAGGCAAUUGCACGUGUGGACCGGAUUGGUCAAAUGCACGAAACAACUGUAUGGCUCUACCUUGUGUCAGGGACAGUCGAGGAGUCGAUUUACAAUCUUUCGGUCCAGCGGCGAAUGGAGCAUAUGGGACGUGUCAAUAAGGGUAAGUCGAAGCAGUCGACGCCCGAACUUCUCGACGUGAAUAUCGAGGCAGCAAACACUCUGGAACUCGAGCAAGCAUCACUUUCACGGUUGAUGAGUAAGGAUAAAUCGGCUGGUGAGAUCGUGGGAAAGAAUGAUUUAUGGGAAUGUCUGUUCGGACAUAUUGCUCGCAAAGAGACUGAGCCCGAAAAGGAUAUCAGGCUUCAGGAAAAGGCUGUCAUGGGUUACUUAGCAGCAGAGGCAGCCGAAGAGAGAAUGGACAGGAACGAUUAG